UUUGGCUUUUCCUUAAACACUCACCUGUUCAUCCCACAGACACAUAGAAGCUCACCUGCCGUGUCCUAACAAAACAGCUGGCUCUGCAACUUCUAACUUUAACUCAGUACACCAGACUCUAUUGAUGUUUAUAUGGUUAAUCUUCAUUUCAUUAAGAAAGAAAAUCUAGAGAGAAAACUUUUCUGAUGGUCAUGCUGUUGGGCAGCUUAUCUAGAAUGGAAUUUAUAAUUAGCAGACAUUAAAAUGAUGCCACCCUGUGGUGUUGCCCUGUAUAGAUUCUACUCUAGAAACUGAGAAAUGCCUGAAAAAGGUAAAGAGUACCAUUUUGGACUAUGAAAACUUGACUGCUAUUUGACAACAGAUUGUGGAUUUAGGAAAGUGAGGUGACUGUGAGAGUAUUGUUCAUGGACCCCAGCUCCAAAGAGUCCACCGAUGUCUGCCCUGCUACUGGUCUGUUUGUGGCUUGUUAUCUGUGGGCAUCAAACUGGCCUUUCUACAAGACUGGCGUCAUGGGCACCUUGCACAGACCUUCGCCCAUUGGACAUGUUGUCAGAAAUGACAAACUCUAGCAAUGCUUCAAGUCAUUUAAGAAUGGUUCAGUCACAAGGAUCUCGUGGGUUUCAUCUCUCUACCUCACCCCAUGCCCUCAGCUUUCCGUCAUCACGCCUCUUCCACAACUGCCCACUCUUCCCUGAAGAAUUUUCCCUGGUUCUCACUGUGAAGAUUCCCAGCAUUCCACCAAAGAAAAAUGAAUACCUGUUUACUGUAGUCACAGAGAAGAGCAAACAUGUACUUCUUGGAAUGCGAUAUUCAGAAAACAAAGUCCACUUUCUGUUCUGGAGCCCUAAACACACAAAUGAAUGGCAGACUAAAGUUACCUUUCGAGGAAUAUCAUUGGCUGACAACCAGUGGCACACGUUGAUCCUAGCGGUGUCUGGGCUUUCUGUCUCUCUCACAGUGGACUGCAGUGUUCCUUUAGACCUUGUCCUGGAUAAACCAUUCCCAUCAUCUUUAAACACGAGCGGCUCUCAUAUAUAUGUUGGAAGCAGAAAACGUCAGAAAGGCUUUUUCACAGGCUUGAUAAGGCAGCUUGUUCUUCUACCUGGCUCUGACGCUACCUCUAGGAUUUGCCCAAAUUCUAAGCCAAGGCUCGCAGAGCUGUCCAUUCCUGGGGUGCUGAAGGAGCUACCAAUUAAGAUUGAUGACAGUGGUGCCCAUCUGAAGUAUUCAUAUGAAACUGAUAUGAAGGUGACUUUGGGUCCUCAGCCUCCUUGCACUGACACUGACAUGUCUAAAUUCUGGAUGGACACAUCUUUGAAGGGGCUGUUCCUCUGUAAUGGUGUCAAGUGGAUCCCAGUGCUUGAAAGUAAGGAAAGAAGACAACCUACAAGAAAGGAGAAGCUAGACUAUGUGGAAGACUAUCAGAAUUUGGCCACCAUUUCUGAGACUAUGGGACUGGAGAUUUUUCUCAUCCCAGAUGUGGGACAUUUCGCUGUGAUGGCCAACAAGAACACUCAACCUGGCUCUGUUCUUUACAGAUGGACAGAUGAAAAGUUUGUAGUUCAUCAGUACUUUACCACCUACCAAGCACAAACCUGGAAGUAUUUUACCAUUGGCAAAAGGAUAUUCUUAGCCUUGGCCAACUUUGAGAGGAAUGACGAUGGGACAGAACACUCAGUCAUUUAUAAGUGGAAUCCAGUCAAACUGAAGUUCCUACCAUACCAGAAGAUAAGAACAUACAGUGCCCGUGACUGGGAGGCUUUUCACAUAGAUGGAGAAAACUUUCUGGCUGUUGCUAACCAUAGAGAAGGCAAUAAUCACAACAUCAACAGUGUCAUUUACAAGUGGAACUCAAGUUCUGGUCUUUUUGAAGUCAACCAGACCAUUCCUACCUCUGGGGCGUACGACUGGGAAUUCUUCAGUAUUGGUCCAUAUAACUUCCUUGUUGUAGCGAACACAUUUAAUGGUACCUCAACGAACAUCCAGUCCACUAUCUACAUUCGGCUUGGAAACUCCUUUCGGCCUUUCCAAUCCAUGAUGACAUUUGGAGCUUCAGACUGGGAGUUUUUCAGAAUACAGGAUCGUUUUUUUCUUGCUGUUGCAAACAGCCAUAGCUAUGAUAUAGGAACCCAGGGGCCAAAGAACUUAUAUGUCAUCAAUUCAACUAUAUAUGAACUAAACAUCACCGGGCAGCAGUUUGAGAAGUUCCAGGACAUCCUUACCCUUAGUGCUGUGGACUGGGAGUUCUUUACACUGGGAGAAGACUAUUUUCUAGUUGUGGCAAAUUCCUUUGAUGGCAGCUCCUUUUCUGUCAAUAGUGUUAUAUACAGGUGGCAGGGAUAUGAAGGUUUUGUGGCUGCCCAUUAUCUGCCUACUUACGGAUGUCGGGACUGGGAAGCAUUCAGCACUGAUACAGGUUCCUACAUCAUGUACUCCAGUGCUAAAGAGCCAGUCUCCAAGGUGCUGAAACUGAGGACUCGCUAAAAGGCAUUUGGGUCAGAUUUCCUGAAAAACUCAAGAAAGUGUAAAUUAAUUUGUAUUAAAAGUACAGGUAUGGGAUCCCUUAUCUGGAAACCUGUUAUCCAGAAAGCUCCAAAUUACAGACAGCCCAUCUU